ACUGUAUGUCGUGCUGCUGGCGUAGUUACGAAUAACGGCUCGUCGGCGUCAGAUAUAAUUUAUAUUCUGGUUACAUUUAUAAGUAACUCUUUACGCUUAUAUAGCUAAGUUUAUACAGACUCUUUGUACGGUGUUAAAACGUGUAUUUGGUGUUCCAUCAUUAUAAUCUAAAGUGGAAUGCAGGAUAUAAAUUAUGAUACAGACCUGUCUACCACAAUGCAUUCGCUUCCUGACGUUAUUCAUGAUCGUUCAUACGUGGAAACUCUAUUUGGAUUUAAACGGAUGUCCAUUCUCGGCAUAACACUAGUACACGAGCAUUUAACCAGCAAUUUUAUUUCAUAUAUGCAAAAACUUCCGAGGAAUUGUUUGCUGCAAGAUGCCCACCAAGAUCUAUGUUUGUCGAAUAUAGGAAACGUCAAGCGGUAUCCAUACGGCUACUCCAAAAAUUUAUGUCUGUCUCCAAACGAAUCCCAAUUGAUGAUUGAUGAAUUAUUUUCGUUUAAAUUUGCCGGUGGCAAAACCAUCGUGGAGAUGAGCAGCUAUGGUUUGAAUCGAAAUGUUCGAUUGUUAAAGUCAUAUAGUAAAAUGACAAACACCCAUAUAAUUGUUGGAACAGGAUAUUACACCGCCCAGUCGCAACCUACAUCGAGACUCUUUAUGACGAGUGAAGAAUUGUACAUAAACAUGUUGAAAGAAUUUUCUGACGGUAUCAGAGACUGUAAUGAUGUACAUCCAGCAUUUAUUGGAGAAGUUGGCAUCAGUUGGCCGAUCCAUGAUUUCGAAAGAAAAUCUAUUAUUGCGACUGGUCAAAUUCAAGAGCAACUGGGUUGUCCUGUAAGUUUUAGUCCUGUAAAUUUUAAUUUUGCACGUAAUGAUAUAAUUGCACCAUACGAAAUACUACGCAUCUAUGAAGAGGCUGGCGGUUGCUCCCGCAAAGCCAUUAUGUCUCACAUUCAACAUGCAUUUCCUGACAAAAAGGAAUUGAUGAAAUUCGUCAGUCUUACCAAUUGUUUUAUUCAAUUCGAUUCGUUUAGUGAAAAUUCUAUCUGUUACCAAGAUAAUCAGUUUUUCGAAGUUCCAUUAAAUAUACAGAAGUACCUGAACAAUAUUUCAUAUUUGAAACAAGUAAAUCAAUUAGAUCGAGUACUCAUAAGCCAUGAUAUUCACACUAAAAAUAAACUGGUUUCUUACGGUGGCCAAGGAUAUUCUUAUAUUUUUAAUAACAUCGUGCCUCCCCUGUUAAAGAGAGGUUUCAAUAUUCAUGAGAUUCGGCAGAUAUUAAUUGAAAAUCCUCAUAACUGGUUACAAUAGUUAUAAUUUAUGAUAUUCAUUAUAAUGAUAGAAAUAUAAUUUCACUUUAAAUGUAACAGAAAUAUUAAA